UGUCUUUGGCAGUUGCUUUUCGUCAUGCCAGAGCCCGCCAAGUCUGCCCCUGCCCCGAAGAAGGGCUCCAAGAAGGCGGUGACCAAAGUCCAGAAGAAGGACGGCAAGAAGCGCAAGCGCAGCCGCAAGGAGAGCUACUCCAUCUACGUGUACAAGGUGCUGAAGCAGGUCCACCCCGACACCGGCAUCUCGUCCAAGGCCAUGGGCAUCAUGAACUCGUUCGUCAACGACAUCUUCGAGCGCAUCGCGGGCGAGGCGUCGCGCCUGGCGCAUUACAACAAGCGCUCGACCAUCACCUCCAGGGAAAUCCAGACGGCCGUGCGCCUGCUGCUGCCCGGGGAGCUGGCCAAGCACGCCGUGUCGGAGGGCACCAAGGCCGUCACCAAGUACACCAGCUCCAAGUGAGCCUGCCGGCAACUACCCACAACCCAAAGGCUCUUUUCAGAGCCAUCCACGCUUUCUAAAGAGAACUGGCACCCAGUUUAUCCCGUUUUAGAGGAAGACAAAGGCAGGUCUUAAUCCGAACCCUUUAUUGUUCCUAAUUUUGUACAAAAGUUAAUUUUUGGUCUUGUGUGUUUUAAGUAAGAUUUUUUUGUGUGCAUUACAAAGAUCAAAUCCAAAGUGA